GGCACGCCAGCUAUCUGCCAGCAUCAUGUUGGACCUACACGGGACAAGAAAGAAAAAAUAAGUCUAGUCAAGCGCGCACCACAGGGCACUGGGGGAUGCUACAGCACUCUGAAUUUCCAAAGGAUAUUUUGGCCAUUUUUGGGGGUGGAAUUGGAAAAUUCUGGAGCCUUCCAUGACUGACUGACCCCAGCAAAGAAGACUUAAGGUACCAUGGAUUUGUUUGGAGGCGCCCCCAGGUUCCUGACCCGACCCAAAGCGUUUGCCGUGUGCAUUGGCAAGGACGCCACGCUUAGCUGCACCAUUGUCGGGACCCCUACCCCGCUCAUCACCUGGGAGAAAGAAAAGCUCAAGCUGACAUCCGGGGGCCGCUUCAAGACGGUGGAGGACGAUGACGUGUACCGUCUGACCAUCUAUGACUUGGCGCUGGAAGACAGCGGUCAGUACAUAUGCAGGGCCAAGAACAGCGUCGGGGAGGCCUACGCCGCCGUCACCCUCAAAGUGGCCCUUCCCACCGAGAUAACUCCGAGGGCCCCCGUUUUCAUGCUCAAGCCCACCUCGGCACGUGUGGCUUUGGGAGGCGAUGCCGUGUUCCACUGCCGAGUCGUCGCUCACCCUGAAGCCAACUGUGACUGGGAGAAGGACGGCCGCUACCUGGGCGAGUCCAACCGCGUUAAGAUCUUUUCCGAUUGUGACAGCAGCAGCUUAAAGAUCCAGAGCGUGCGUAACCUGGAUAGCGGCACGUACACCUGCAGGGCCCAGAACACUUUGGGCCGGGCACAGGCCGCUGCCACGCUGGUGGUGGACACCCAGGGUUCCCACUUGCUCUCCGUGGAGAACCACACCUCCCUCCUCUCUCACCUCCAGAAGCGUAAAGAAGAAAUGAAGAAGGACAUAUCCGUCUUUCGGACCGAGGAAAGCGCCGCCUCGGACAAAAUCACAGACGGUCUGAGUUCUCUGAGUCUGGAGCACGUUGUGAGAUCAUCGGUGCUGUCAAAGCUGCCCAAGGGAGUCUUCACCCGCACCUGCACCGUGACGGAGGGCAAGCACGCCAAACUAAGCUGCUUCGUGACAGGUCACCCCAAGCCUCACAUCAUCUGGAGGAAGGACGGAGCGAAUAUCAGCGAGGGCCGCCGCCACGUCAUAUACGAAGAUCAUGCCGAGAACUUCAUUCUCAAGAUCCUGUACUGCAAGCAGGAUGACAACGGCUUCUACACCUGCAAUGCCACCAAUAUGGCCGGUCAGACCUACAGUGCUGUGCUGGUAACAGUCAAGGAGCCAAAGGUGCCAUUCAGGAGGAAGCUUGAAGAUGUGGCGGUCCAGGAAAAAACAUCAGCCACCAUGAUGUGCGAGGUGCCGCUGACCAGCAGCAAGGCCGACUGGUUUAUGGAGGAAACGCGUCUAGAGCAAAACACAAAGUAUCGCCUGGAGGAACAAGGCACCCUGCGCCGACUCACCAUCCACAACGUGACCACCAACGAUGACGGUGUUUACAUCUGCGAGAUGAAGGAGGGCAGCCGCACGGUGGGCGAGCUCACCGUCCUCGGCAACAUUACCAAGAAGCUUCCCCGGAGAACGGUCGUUCCCGUCAGCGACACCGUCAUCUUCUGCGUGGAGCUGGAGCAGCCCUGUCCCGACGCCUACUGGACCCGUAACGGCGACAAGCUGAAAGCGGAUUCCCGAAUUUCCAUCGCUUGCCUGCUCCGUCAGUACACGCUGACCAUUCGGGAGUGUCAGGCGGAAGAUUCGGGAGAAGUGGCCUUUGUGGCUGGAGACUGCAAGACGUCCACUCGAUUCUCCGUGACCGCGGCACGGAAGCAUCCUCCCGAUCCCCCAGUUGACGCUGUGGUGCGAAACAAGACUGACUCAUCCAUCAGCCUGCAGUGGUCUCCACCGGACAGUGACCGUCCCGUGCCCAUCAAGGGCUACAUUGUGGAGAGAAGGAAGGUUGGCACUCAGACCUGGCAGAGGUGCAACCUGGGAGAAACCAUUUUGGAAACGGAGAUGACAAUCUCUAACUUCACAGAAGAAGCCUCUUUCCAAUUCCGUAUCUCUGCCAUCAAUGAUUUCGGUCAGAGUGACUACCUCGAGGUGCCCGGAAGCUUCUACCUUGAACCAAGCGCAGACAUCAGGAAAGGCCUUGUGGACAGCACCGCCGUUUCCGGCCAAGAGUUCUCCAUCUCGGUGGAGCUUUCAGCCGUCUGCUCAGGCUUCUGGUCCCUAAACGGCCGCAUUCUGCGAAGUGGCGGCGACUACCUGAUCACCCGCUCCAAGAACAUACACACGUUGCUCAUCCGAGAGGUCACCUUGGACUUGAAUGGAACCGAAGUCAAGUUUGUGGGCGGAGGCUCGCAGAGUAGUUGCACCUUAGCUGUCAAGUCGCCACCUGUCCGGUUCCUCAAUAAGUCAGAUCAGCCACAGGUAGUGUUCUGCAGCGCCCAAGCCACGGCUCAGAUGACGGCUGAGGUGUCAGAUUCCGACGCACAGGUGGUUUGGAUGACAAAUGGACGGGAGGUAAAGAUGGGCAAGAAGUAUGAAUACAUGACCAUGGACCGCAGGAGGAUCCUGAAGGUACACAACGUUACGGAAGAAGACGUGGGCGUCUAUGAAUGCGUUUGCGCUGAUGAUAAAAUGUCCAUGCAACUCACUCUUAAAGAUGAACCCGCCAAGUUCCUGAACAAGCCCCGAGGACCCACGGGCCUGACGUCGUCACUCAAAGGAGAUCUCGAGCUGAGCUGCGAGGUUUCUCCCGCGAGCACGACGGUCGUGUGGAGAAAAGACCAGGUGGAGAUCUUUGAGGACCAAAGAACGACCAUCAUCUCCAAAGGUACUCACAGGAAACUGAUCGUGAAGAAUGCCAAUAAAAGCGACGAGGGUCAUUACUCCUGCGAGACAGCCACCGACAAAGUCACAUUCCACGUCAAGAUCAAAGAAACUCAAGCCCAGCCUGCCUUCUCCAACAAGGAGAUGGUGCAGAAGGAGGUCAAAGUGGCUCUCUCCCAAAAAGCCAAUCUCACUUGCACAGUGUCGGACAGCAAGACCGAGGUCAAGUGGUACAAAGACGGCAAAGUGCUCAUAUCCAGUCGAAACGUUUACACCCAAGUCAAAGGCAAUACUCGUCAACUGGUGAUUGAAAAAGUGGAGAAGAGUGACGCUGGAGAAUACACCUGCGAGACUGGAGGAGAGAAGCUGGUCUUUCAAAUUAUUCUGCUCGACUCCAAAGCGGCCUUCUUUAACCAAGAAGCAGUCCAGAGGGAAGUGAAAGCCACGCUUUCCGAGAAGGCCACUCUGAGCUGUGAAGUGUUUGAUUCAACCCGGGAGGUGAAAUGGUACAAGGACGGAAAGCUGCUUGUCUCUGGUCAGACCACACACGUCGAGACAAAGGGGAAAACUCGCCGGCUGGUGAUCGAUAGCGUGGAGAGGAAGGAUGGCGGGGAGUACGCCUGUGAGGCCGGGACGGAGAAGCUGCUCUUCAAGAUCCACGUGACUGAACCUCCGCCAGCCUUCGUCAACAAAGAGUCUGUCCAAAAGGAGGUGAAAGCAAAUCUAUCCCAAAAAGCUACCCUGAGCUGUGAGGUAGCCGACGCCAAGACAGACGUCAAAUGGUCCAAGGAUGGGAAGCUGCUGCUCACCAGUAAGACAAUACGCGCUGAGUCCAAGGGGAAGAGUCGCCAGCUAGUCAUCGAUAGUGUGGACAAGAAGGAUGCCGGCGAGUACGUCUGUGAAGCCGGCGCUGAAAAGUUGAUCUUCAAGCUUCAGGUGGCAGACGUUCAAAUCAAGCCGGCUUUCGCCAACACUGACUCAUUCCAGAGGGAGGUGAUUGCCGUCUUGUCCCAGAAAGCUCUUCUGAGCUGUGAGGUGUUUGACAGCAAAACUGAGGUGAAAUGGUACAAAGAUGGCAAACCGCUGGUCUCCAGUAAGACCAUACGUGCCGAGUCCAAGGGCAAGACUCGGCUCUUGGUGUUUGACAGUGUGGAGAAGAAGGAUGUCGGAGAGUACAGUUGCGAAGUCGCGAGCGAGAAGCUUACAUGCACGAUGCAGGUGGCAGCGCUUCAACCCAAGUCAGCCUUCUCCAACAAAGAGUCCGUCACCAAAGAGGUGAAGGCCUUUGUCGCUCAGAAAGCCACGCUGAGCUGCGAGGUGGCCGAGUCCAAAACCGAUGUCAAAUGGUACAAGGACGGCAAACUGCUGUCCUCCGGCAAGAUGCUUCAUUUGGAGGCAAAGGGGAAAAGUCGCCAGUUGGUGAUUGACACUUUGGUCAAGGAAGACGCCGGGGAGUACGUCUGUACGGUCGCUACUGAGAAAUUGUCUUUUAGGAUAUCCGUGGAAGACGCCCCCAGUGUCUUCUUUAACAAAGACUCGGUUCAGAAGGAGGUGACGGCCGUUUAUUCCAAGAAAGCCACAUUGCGCUGUGAGAUGGCCGACAGCAAAACCGAGGUGAAAUGGUACAAAGACGGCAAGCCGCUCGCUUCCAGCGCGGCUCUCCGCCUGGAGACGAAAGGCAAAAGUCGGGAGUUGGUGAUUGACAAAAUGGACAAAAAAGAUGUUGGGGAAUACACGUGUGAGGCCGGAUCGGAGAAGUUGAUGUUUAAGCUUCGGAUGGCGGAUGUGCCCGCCAAGUUCCAGAAGAAGCUCGUCAAGGACUCGUUCAUCGUUCAAGCCGGCGAACACAUUGUUUUGACCAGCGAGCUGAGUGCAGAAAGCAGCGGCAGCAACGUGAGCUGGUUUAAAGAUGGCGCCGAGCUCAUCCAGAGCACCAAGUACCGAAUCAAAAAAGACGGCCUCUCUCGCACGCUCAUCGUCACGUCCACUGAAUCCAAAGACAGCGGUGUGUACAGCUGUCAGACCGCCGAUGAUAAGCUGGAGUUCAAAGUCCAGGUCAAAGACGCAGCUAUUAAAUUUGUUGUCCCGUUGAAAGCCGUCACGGUCGACUUGGGAGCCGCUUUAAAUCUCACCUGUGAGUUGAACCAAGCCUCGGGUGACGUUCUUUGGCGGCGGAAUGGUUCCGAGGUUAAACCCGGAGGCAGGUUCUGCAUCAAGACAGACGGUGUAAAGCGAAUCCUCACGGUGACCGGCGUGACUAAGGAAGAUGAAGGCGAAUACAGCUGUGAAUGUAAAAAUGACAAAACCUCCGCCAAGGUCUCCUCCAUAGCUCCCAGAUCCGUCAGACUGACUUCCAAGCUCAGCAACGUGGCGGCGAUGGAGGGUAAAGACGCCAUAUUUAAGUGCGGCGUCACCCCGGCCGACGCACACGUCAAAUGGUUCCACAACAGCGUUCCCGUCGCUCAUGGCGCCAAGUAUAAGAUGGAGCACGGCGGCGGCAGUCACCAGCUCACCAUCACCUCUGUCGGCCAGAAGGACGCGGGGGAGAUCAGCGUGGACGCCGAAGGGAAAAGCUGCAAGGCGACGCUUCAAGUGCAACAUGAGCCGGUGACAUUCAAAAAGAAGCUGGAGAAUCUGACGGUGGAGGAGCAGAGCGAGGCAAAGCUGGAGGUAGAGCUGAGCAAGCCGUCGGACGAAGUGCACUGGAUGAAGAACAGCGUCAAGAUGCAGACUUCGCCCGGCGUGGAGGUCCAAGUGGACGGCGCCAAGCAGGCGCUGGUCUUCAAGAGCGUGACUUUAGCCGACCGCGGCUUCUACUCCUGCGAAACCCUUGACGACAGAACCCAGGCUAAACUCAUCGUCGAAAAGAAGAAAGUGGAGGUGGUCAAAGGGCUUACAGACGCCAGAACGCACGAGACAGAAACGGUUAGCCUCCAGGUGGAGCUCAACCAGGCUGAUGUGGAAGGCUCGUGGACCCGGGACGGCAUCAGGUUCAAAUCGGGACCCAAUGUCCUCAUCGCAGCUCUGGCAAAGACGCACAGCCUCACCUUGUCAAAUCUGACGAGACAGGACGCCGGAACCAUCGGUUUUCAAGCGGAAGGCGUACGGACUUCUUGUAAACUCAUCGUCACAGAACCUCCCGCUACGAUCUCAAGGCCUAUUGUGGACAUCAGCGUUGCUGAAAAGGAGAAGGUCACUUUGGAGUGUGAAGUAUCUCGAACAAAUGCGGAAGUAAAAUGGAUCAAGGAUGAUGUAGAACUGAAACCCGGGAAGAAUCACGGUAUUCACUCUUUGGGACGAAAACGCACCUUGAUCAUCAACAAAUGCGGCCCCGAAGACGCCGGCACUUAUAUCUGUCGCACUGCCGACGAUAACACCUGUGCCAAGAUCACCGUUCAUGCCAGAGAUGUUAAGAUUGUGAAGAAGCUGGAGGAUGUGGAGGUGAUGGAGAAGGAGAGCGCUGCAUUUGUCUGCGAGGUAUCCCACGACGAGGUGGAGUGCCAGUGGUAUAAGGGAAACGCCAAACUCAGAGUCAGCGACAAUGUGAAGAUGAGGCAAGAAGGGAGGACUUAUGUGCUGCUCUUUAAAAGUGUGUCCCCGGCAGACAUAGGUGAGAUUAAGUUCACAGCUGAGAAGGCCUCAUCAUCCGCGCAACUCAAGGUCAAAGAGCUGCCCGUCAAGUUUGUGAAGAAACUCCGGGAUAAGAUAGCCAUUUACAAACACCGCGGCCACCUGGAGUGCCAAGUCUCCCGCGCCAGCGCUCGAGUCAAGUGGUUCAAAAACAAAACGGAGCUCAAGGCGGGAAAGAAGUAUGAGAUCCAAAGUGAGGACGUGUACCGGAAACUCACCAUCAACGACGUGGACGCCGCCGAUGAAGACACGUACACGUGCGACGCCUCUGAUGACAAGACAUCCUGUAAACUGCUUGUGGAAGAGCAGUCCAUAAGCAUUGUGCGCGACAUGAGUUCCGUCGAGGUGACGGAACCUUUCGCCGCCGUCUUCGAAGUUGAGAUCAGCAUGGAACUGGUGAAACCGCCCAUUUGGACUCUGGACGGAGUCACGGUGCAGGAGAGCGCCGACGUCGAGAUGGAGAAGGAGGGCACCAUGCAUCGUCUCACGUUCAAAAAGACCCGAGCAUCCAUGACUGGACCCGUGCAGUUCACGGCGGGCAAGAGCAAGUCGCUAGCCCAGCUUACAGUCAAAGAGCGCCCCUUGGAGAUUGCAGAGCCUAUCAAAGAUGUCAAAGCCAAGGAGAAAAGCUCCGCCAUGCUCACUUGCAAAUUCUCAGUCCCACCAAAAGACAAAGUGCACUGGUUUAAAGAACAGGCCCGACUGGCUUCGUCAGACAAAUAUAACAUCAAACAAGACGCUACCAGAGCUCAACUCAACAUUCACGCGCUGACCGAAGAGGACAGUGGCGAGUAUCGCUGUCAGUCCGGACCCGCUAUGACCAAAGGCAAUCUACUAGUUGAAGUGCGUGACAUUAAAUUCACCAAGCACCUGGCUGACGCAGAAGUGGACGAAGAGAGCGACGCGGUGUUCACCUGCGAGGUCAACUACGCCGACGAGGAGGUCCGGUGGCUCCUGAACGACAAGGUGCUCUUCACCAAUGAAGUCAACACCAUAACCCAUGAAGGAAAAGUGCAUCAACUCACACUUAAGAACCUGGCACCUCACGACGGGGGGACUAUCACCGUAAAUGUCCGCAAGGUGAAGGAGUCGGUCACACUCAAGGUUAAAGAAAAGCCCGCCCUCUUCCUGAAGUCCUUGGACGACGUUGUCGGUGAGGAGAAAGGUUCCAUCACUCUGGCCUGCGAGGCAUCCAAGACCAGGGUUUCUCCCACGUGGAGGAAAGAAGGCAACCCCUUGAAGGCUGGAUCGAAAUAUGAGAUCCUUCACACCGGCAGAUCUUUGGGGCUGAUCAUCAAGGAUGUGACCAAAGACGACGCAGGGGAGUACACUUGCGAUCUUGGAACUGAAGUGUCCAAAGCCAAGGUCACUGUAAGAGAAAUCGGCAUCGGCAUCACCAAAUGGUUGAAGUCGGCCGAGGUGAACGAGGGGGAGACGUGCGGCUUCGAGUGCAUCUUGUCUCGCGAGAGCGCCGACGAGUGCGCCUGGACGCUUAACGGCCAAAGCGUCACCAGCGGAGGCCGCUUCAAAGUCAACAGCAAAGGACGGAAGUACAUGCUGACCGUCAAGGACGUCACCCCCGCCGAUGCCGGAGAUGUGGUCUUCAGCAUUAAAGAUCUGACCUCCAAAGCAACGCUGAGUGUUGAAGGAAAAGCUUCGUCGCUCUCAAAGGAGCUGGAGAAUAUCAGCGUGGUUCGAGGUGAAGAUGCCACGUUUACCUGCGAGGUGACACAGGCAAGCUCCGUUGUCAAAUGGACAAAGGAGGGCAAAACCAUAAGGAAGAGUCAAAAGUAUGACAUCAUCAAGGAAGAGAAGCUCAUGAAGCUGCUCAUCUUCAGCGUCUCCAGUAAAGACUCUGGAGAGUACAGUUGUGAGGUCAUCGGAGGAGCAACCACAAAGGCCAGGCUUGAGGUGAAAGAGCCAAUCCAUAAAUUCACCAAAGAACUCAAAGACAGCAAAGCAGACGAGAAGACCUCGGUGACUUUGCAGUGCGAAACGAUCCAAAGCCCGUCUGCGGUUGCGUGGCUUAAAGGCCACACGGAGCUCAAGGCCGGCGCUCGAUACGAGAUGAGCCAGAAGGAAGGCGUCUUAUCGCUCACCGUCAAACACCUCCAGGAAGACGACACUGACAUCUACACUUGUGACGUGGGCACGGCCAAAAGCAUGGCCAAGCUGACUGUUAAAGCCCUGCCAGCCACUUUCAAAGAAAAGCUUAAAAAUCAAGAUGCAAAGGAAGGAGAAACGGUGACACUUUGCUGUGAGCUUUCCAAGCCGGCAGCCAACGUUCAAUGGAGGAAGGACUCUGAAAUUCUCAGUGAUGGAGAGACGUACCAAAUAAGGCAGAAGGAGGCCAUUUGUGAGCUUCGCAUUAGGAACGCCAAGACGGACCAUAGCGGGGAGUACUCGUGUCUAUGUGGAGACCAGAAGACGUCGGCCUCCGUAAAAGUGAACGCAUUGCCGCCAUAUUUCACGCUCCAGCUUCAGAGUCAGGAUGCCGAGGAAGGAUCCAAGGUUACUCUACGUUGCGAGACCUCCAAACCUUUCGUCCCUGUGGAGUGGAAAAAGGGAGCGCAGGUGCUGACGUAUGGCGAAAAGUACCAGAUGAAGCAGCAGGCGUGCCAGAAUGAGCUCCUCAUCAACCGAGCUGAGCCCGAAGACAGCGGAGACUACAGCUGUGUGUGCGGGGAGCAGACAACUACGGCCCGUGUCAAGAUCAAGGCCUUGCCACUGACCUUCACAAAGAAGCUGCAGAGUCAAGAAGCCCAAGAGGGAUCCGAGGUUACGCUACGCUGUGAGACAUCAAAACCUGCGGCUCCAGUGGAGUGGAAGAAGGGAAGACAGGUGCUGAAGUCUGGAGACAAGUACCAGAUGAAGCAGCAGGCGUGCGUCAAUGAACUCCACAUCAGACAAGCACUGCCAGAAGACAGUGGAGACUACAGCUGUGUGUGUGGGGACAACAACACUGCAGCUAGCAUCACCAUUAAAGCGCAACCGGUGACCUUCACAAAGAAGCUGCAGAAUCAGGACGCCCAAGAAGGAUCCGGUGUUACUCUUCGCUGCGACACGUCCAAACCUUCAGUCCCAGUAGAGUGGAAGAAGGGAAGACAAGUUCUCAAGUCUAGUGAAAAGUACCAGAUGAAGCAGCAGGCCACUGUGAAUGAACUGGUGAUUUAUAAAGUCGAAGAGGGAGACUGCGGAGAGUACAGCUGUGCAUGUGGCGAGGACAAUACGGCUGCAAAACUCACCAUCAUAGCCCAACCGGUGACCUUCACAAAGAAGCUGCAGAAUCAGGAGGCCGAAGAAGGAUCCAGUGUGACCCUUCGCUGCGAAACAUCCAAACCAGGAGUCUCGGUCGAGUGGAAGAAGGGAAGACGAGUCCUCAAGAGUGGAGAAACGUACCAGAUGAAGCAAGAGGCCACUGUGAAUGAGCUCGUGAUUCCUAAAGCGGCAAACCAAGACAGCGGAGAGUACACUUGUGUGUGCGGCGACAAUGAAACGACAGCCACUCUCAAAAUCAAAGUCCUGCCAGUCACGUUUCUCCGAGAAAUGGAAAGCUGCCAAAGUGUCGAAGGAGAAUGUGUUACUCUGCUCUGCGAGCUUUCCAAGCCGGGACUUUCCGUCGAGUGGAAGAAAGGAACUCAACUCCUGAGUUGUGGAGAAAAGUACCAGAUGACACAAAACGGAUUUUGUUACGAACUCAAGAUCUUUGAUUUGAGACCUUGUGACACGGGAACAUAUUCAUGCUCUUUUGAGGACACUGCAAGCUCCGCCUCCCUUAAAGUCAAUGCUCUCCCAGUCACUUUUACAAAAGAGCUGGAAGACCAAAGCGCCGACGAAGGCCAAAGUGUGGCUUUGCGGUGUGAGCUCUCCAAAUCCAGCGUCCCUGUUGAAUGGAGGAAAGAACAACUCGGUCUUUGUCCGUGUUCCAAGUACGACAUUGAGCAAAGUGAGCGUGUUGCCACGCUCGUAAUCCACGACGUAGACAAGGAGGACGCGGGGCGUUAUACGUGCGAUGCCGGCUUCCAUCAAAGCUCGGCAUAUGUGGCCGUGAUGGCCCAGCCAGUGUUUUUCACAAGCCAACUGCAGAACCUGGAAAGGCAGUCAGGGGAGAGUGCCGUUCUCCACUGUGAGAUCUCCAAACCUGGAGCUAGUGUGAUCUGGAGACACGAUGAUAGGGUGCUGGUAUCCAGCAACAAGUAUCACUUGAAGCAGGCAGGGACGCUGGUAGAGCUCGUCAUCUAUAAAUUACGGGCGGCCGACUCGGGGGAAUACUCCUGCGACACGGGCACUCGCAAGACCUCGGCCACCCUCGCUGUGCAGGAAGUGGAGGUGUCCGUCGUGAAAUUCUUGGAGAGCUGCGUCGUGACCGAAGGCGAAGAUGUCCACUUUGAGUGUGUAGUCUCGCGUGAAGACGCACCGCCGGCUGAGUGGAAACUUCAAGAUGUCCCGCUUCAGAAUAAUGACAUGAAUGUUAUUAAGACACAAGGUUGUAGUCACAGCCUCACGCUUCGAGGCGUCACGGCGGCAGACUCGGGCGUCGUCACUUUCUCGGUGGGCAAUCACGCAUCCACGGCCUCGCUGACUGUCAGAGCCCCGCCUGUUUUUUUCAAGAAGACCUUGGACAGCCAAGAGGGCACAGAGGGCGAAAAGGUCACCUUGUCCUGCCAGACAUCCAGCUCCGACUGCAAGGUGUCUUGGCGCAAGGGCUCAACUCUGCUCAGCCACGGGGAGAAAUACAGCAUAGAGCAGAGAGCUGACAUUCACACGCUUAGCAUUCACAAGCUGAAACCAGAAGACAGCGGGGAGUACAGCUGUGACACGGGCGACAACAAAAGCACCGCCGCUGUCAGCGUCAAAGAGCACGUGCGUAUCCUACGGGAGUUGCACGACAUCACCGUGCAAAGCGGGCAGGACGCCGUCUUCGAGGUGGAGUUGUCUCACGCCGGUGUGACCAAUGCGCAGUGGUGGCUCGCUGACAACCUCCUCCAGAACAACGAACUGAACCGGAUGAGUAGCGACGGCAGAGUGCACCGCUUGGCCUUGAAGAUGGUGACCACCGACGAAUCGGGAGACGUCGCUUUUGUUGUGGGUGAAGAAAAGAGCGUUGCUUGUUUGUUGGUGGAGGAGAAACCAAAAGUGCUCAUUGUGGAAAAGCCGCACAACACGGCAGCGUUAGAGGGGGAAACCAUCACCCUGGCUUGCACCAUUUCCGACCCCGAGGCCACCGUGACCUGGAUGAGAAACAACGUGGAGAUCCAAGUGGGUCUCAAGUACGAGCUGAAGCAAAACAGAGUCCUCCGGCAGCUUCGCAUUCACAACUUGGUGCCCGAAGACGCGGGCACAUACGCCUGCGAGACCCAAGAUGAUCGCUGUGACGUCGCCCUCACUGUGGAAGCUGCCCCGGCGUUCUUCACCAAGGAGCUGAAGAACCAGGACCUCGUCGAGGGCGACGAUGUCACCCUCCGCUGCGAGCUCUCCAAGCCGGGUGUCCGUGUGGAGUGGAGGAAAGGCGGUGCAGUUCUUGCGCCCGGUAAGAAGUAUGAACUCUGGCAGGCUGCGUGCGUUCAAGAACUCCGAAUACGCAACCUGGAUCCGGAAGACAGUGGUUACUACACCUGUGACGCAGGAGAUCAACUAACCACCGCCUGUGUGACAGUGCAAGUGAAAGAGAUCUACAUUUUGUGCGAGCUUAAGGCCGUGGACGUGUUUGUUGGGGAAUGGGCGAGCUUCUCGUGUCAGCUGUCCAGCGAGCCGCCCGGCCAGGUGCAAUGGUGGCUGGACGGCACUUUGCUGGAGAGCGGACCCGUUAGCGAGAUAGGGCUGAGCGAGGGCCACGUCCACACGCUCACCCUUAAGAACCUGGCCACAAAUGACUCGGGCACUGUCAUAUUCAAAGCUGGGAAUUUAACUUCAGCAGCCAAGCUUCUUGUCAAAGAUCCCACGGUUGAGGUGGUGAACGACAUGAAGGACCUUAGCGUGGUCGAGGACCAAGCGGCCGAGUUCAUCUGCCAGUUCACGAGGCCGGUGAAGGCCGAGUGGAAGCGAGACGGGCAGCCGUUGCGGCCCGAUGGCCGCAGGGUGGUAGUGAAGCAGGACUGGACUGUGUCUCGCUUGUACAUUAGUCGCGUGUGUGCCGGAGACAGGGGCGCAUACUCCUGUGAGGCGGCGGGGACCUGUGUGGUUGCUUCGCUUCAUGUGGAAGCCAAACCCAUCAACAUAGUCCAAGGGCUGGAGAAUCUCGAAACCUUUGACGGAGGAGAAGCUUUAUUUGAGUGUGCCUUGUCUCGCCCGGAGAACAAAGACUGCCAAUGGCUUCUGGAUGGCAAAGCGGUGAAGGAAUCGCCCAAUGCUGAGAUCGUGUGCUUUGAGAGCGGCCGUCGCCACUUGCUGCUCCUCAAAGAGCUGCGUGGUAGCGACAGUUGCACGGUCACCUUCAGAGCGGGCGCGGCGUCCACGUCGGCCCAGCUCUCGGUCAAAGGCUGGCAGCUGGGCGUGGCAAAGCAUCUGGAAGACGUGGUGGCCGCCGUCGGCGAGAGGGUGGAAUUUUGCGUGGAGUUGACCGAGCCGGUGCCCGCCGCGGAAAUUGUUUGGUAUGCCAACGGAGUGGAGCUCAAGCCAGGCCAACUGUGGAUCACCAGGAACGACGGAUGUAGCUAUCGCCUCAUCCUGAGGCAGGCACCGCUUAUGCCGCAACAGGAAAUAACCUUUGCGGCCCGAGAUGCACUCUCUAUGGCCAAGCUCUCCAUUAUCGCUGUACCAGACCCCCCGGAGGACCCUGAGAUCCUCAGCAAGACCAAAGAAUCCGUCACCCUUUCCUGGUUCACCCCCCUACAUGACGGAGGAAGUCCCAUUCUGGGCUACAAGGUGGAGUUGAGGUUGGCGGAAAGCGCUCUCUGGCUUCCGUGCCACUCCACCCCCGUGUGCAACACGGAAUUUGUGGUGGGAAAUCUCAUCCAAGGCUCCGGCUACAGGUUUAGAGUGUCGGCCAUCAAUAGAGCCGGCACAGGGGAGCCUGUCGAGCUUCCUCAGACUGUGCAGCUUGAAACGGAGGUACAAGUAGUUGAGUCGGAGCCACUCGGACAGCCCAGUCUUCCUCCGGAGGCCGCCGAAGAAGGGGACCUUCGUGAAAUAUGGGAGGCCUCGGCCAAGAAAAGGCGCAUGAGUCGCGAGCCCACUUUGGACUCCAUCACUGAACACCCAGAGGAUGACGCUAAAGGGGGUCAAAAGAAAACGGAGCAGAAGGAGAGCAGCGCUUCAGAGAAGCUGGAGUUGAAGGCAAAAGAUUCGGACCAGACCGAGUCUAAAUUAUGCAGCGGCUCCGACGUGUCCCAAUCUGGUGGUUCUUCACUUGUGUCCUACCUUAAGAAGAGCAGUCAGCUUCAGUCCUCAGCCACGGUCGUGACCGCCGAUGAGCAGACAAUGACCACCGAGCGCUUCUUUCAGCACUUUCAGAAGUCCGACCAGAUGACGACCACAGUUGAGCGGACCGAAACAAAACAGGCGUCGAUUCAGGAGACCGAAAUCCUGGAGAUCAGCAAGGAAGACGAACCUGAUCUCCAAGAAGCCGCCAUCAAGAUCCAAGCUGCUUUCAAGGGCUACAAGGCACGCAAGGACAUGCGGCCUGUCUUCAAGGGGGUUUUCAAAGAGCAAACCAAAGAGCCCAACGGAACCAUCCAUCUGGAAUGUGUGGCCCAAGGUAAACCCGAAAAGGUGUGUUGGCUGAAGGACGGAGAGCCGCUGUCCGACGGCAAACACCACCACAUCGACAUCUACAACGACGGCACGUGUUCCUUGGUCAUCACCGCCAUCACCACCAAGGACACGGGCGUGUACACGUGCGAGGUCACCAAUAAAUUUGGAGUCAUCUCUCACAGCGCCAAGGUCACCGUAGGAACAGAGAGAGAAUCAUCCGGCCGGCGUCCGCUGACGGUCGGCUACAGCGCCGACAGCGAGCCCGACAGUUCGUCGGGCAGCGAGAUGGACGAGUCGCUGAGGCAGGCGAGCAGACGCCUUCGCCGGCUGCUGCGGACGCGCCUCCCGCCGGACGUGGAGGAAGAACCUUUCGUCAGCGCCGACGAAGGAGAUCUCCACCCUCCGGACCCUCACUCUUACCGUGAGGACGACACGUACAUUUACAUCCGCUUCGACACGUGGUCAGAGGCGGAGGUGGCGUCCAAACGCUUCCAGGAGAUGUUUACCAUCCACGGCGUCCCCGUGGAAACCACCAUCCUGGACGCCGGCCAUCUCAAAGUGGAGUUGCGGAUUAGAAAGUUAGGAUACACGCAAGAUGGCACGGAAACGCCCACUCAAGAAAAACAACCUCCUGCGUUACUGUCUGGAGCUCCCGCCGCUCCCGUCUUCUUGACCGAGUUACAAAACCAGGACGUGCCCGACGGCUAUCCGGUCAGCUUUGACUGUGUGGUGAUCGGCAAGCCUUCGCCCGCCGUCCGCUGGUACAAAGACGGCAAAGUUCUGGAGGAGAACGACCACUACAUGAUCAACGAGGACCAGGAGGGCUGCCACCAGCUCAUCAUCACCGCCGCGCUGCCCUCCGACAUGGGAGUUUACCGCUGCACGGCGGAAAACAGCAGCGGCAUCGCGGCCACCAGGGCCGAACUCAGGGUUGACCUGUCCUGCAGCUCCGAUUAUGACACUGCUGCCGACGCCACUGAAACGUCGUCUUACAUCAGCGCCAAGGGCUACUCGUCCAGCAGGGAGACGGAGAACUUUGAGUCGGUGACAGAAGAUGAUCAAUUGCCUCAAGUGGUGGAAGAACUUCACGAUGUUCACGUUAGUCCAGGUUCACCGAUGGCUAAGAUGCAGCUCAGAGUAAAAGGUUUCCCCAAACCGAGAGUGUACUGGUUCAAAGACGGCCAUCCGCUGCGCCCUUCCAAAAGGAUUUUGCUCUUAGCGCAGCAAGACGUUCACGGUCUGGAGAUUCUGGAGGUGAAGAAAGACGACACGGCGGAAUACUCGGCCUACAUCAGUAACGCAGCUGGCUCCGCCUACUCUUCUGCCCGCCUUAUUGUUCGAAAUCCGGGGGAGAUCGUACCGCAAGAUCUGAAAGACUCCCAAGAGUCUCUCGUGCCACCACGUUUCCUGGAAAGGUUCCCCAACAGAAAAGUGAAACAAGGAACCAGCAUCACAUUAUCCGUCAAGGUGGAAGGCUCUCCCACUCCAAUGGUGUCGUGGCUGAAGGAGGAGUCGACGGAGGAUGUGCUGUGGAUCAAGCCCGAUACCAAAGGAUACAAAAUAGCCAGCUCGGGCCGCCAACACAGCCUCAUCUUGAUGGACGUUGGAACCGAGUACACUGGCGCCUACACCUGCAUUGCCACCAACAAGGCGGGACAGUCCAUCUGUACCGCCCACCUGGAGGUGGAUGACGCUCCGCCGCAAAAGAAACAGACCAAAACACCAGAAGUUCUCGGGAUUACUGUUAGUCCACCGGAGGAAGCCGCAAAGAAGGGGAAAGAGAGUAAAAUGCCAUACCUGGGAGAAGUCGGCUCGGAGGAAUUCCUCAUGAAACUCACCUCUCGGAUCACCGAAAUGGUGUCAGCCAAGAUUACACAAGACAGCACACAGAAUCAGGAAGUGCUCCAGUGGAUGAAAUCUUGGCCCAAAACUACCACCUCAUUGCGCGUACCAGGCGCCGACAGCGACGAUGAGACCAAAACCCCUUCGGCUUCACCUCAUCACGGUCGUUCCCGUCCGCCCUCCCUCGUGGCCGAUUCCUCGUCUGAGUCUGAUGAGGGAGACGCCAGGGGAGAGAUGUUCGAUAUCUACGUGGCGACGGCCAACUACGACCCCACCGUGGCCAGCAAAGAAUCCAUCUCCCUGAAGGAGGGACAGUACGUGGAGGUGUUGGACUCGGCCCACCCGCUCAAAUGGCUCGUCAGGACCAAACCCACCAAGACGACGCCGUCCCGCCAAGGCUGGGUGUCACCUGCCUACCUGGACAAAAAAUUCAAACUAUCUGCCGAUUCGGGCGACCUUCCCGAGACGAGUGUCGAGGAGGUGUCUGAGGGAGAAUACAAGAAGAAGUUAUUCCAAUUAAUCCAGGACAUAAUUGGCGGUGAAUCAGAGUUUGUCAAAGAGAUGGACUUCUUCACGCACCAUCACCCGAAGCACGCCGACUCUCCCGAUGCACCGAGUGACGUCAGCAGCCAGAAGGAAGCCAUCUUCAGGAACAUCGACGACUUGAAGGACUUCCACGGCAGGGCGUUCCUGCCCAAGCUGAACGACUGUGAGACGGACGACGAUGUCGCCAUGUGCUUCCUGAAGAAUAAGGAAGGCUUUGAGAAGUACCUCCAGUACCUCGUAGGUCAAAGCCAGGCCGAAAGCGUCAUCGGUGACAAAACGGUGCACCGCUUCUUCAAGGAGUACACGGAGAAGGAGCAAGCCAACGCAGACCCGGCUGAGCAGCCUAUACGUAGCAUCAACGCCUACCUGCUUCAACCUCUGGAUAGGAUUCAGAAAUACAAGGCCUUCCUCAAGGAGCUCAUUCGAAACAAGGCGCGAAACGGCCAGAACUGCUGCCUGCUGGAGGAAGCGUACGCCAUGGUGUCGGCGCUACCGCAACGCUCGGAGAAUAGCCACCACGUGUCUAUGAUUGAGAACUACCCCGCCACCCUUGAAGCCUUAGGCGAGCCUCUUAGGCAGGGACCGUUCCAAGUUUGGGAGGGAGCUCCCGGAAUAAGGACGUCCUCUCGAGGUCACCACCGCCACGCCUUCCUCUUUAAAAACUACUGCAUCAUCUGCAAAUCCAAGCGAGACAGCAACACCGACACGCAAACCUACGUCUUCAAGAACAUGAUGAAGCUCAACAACAUUGACGUGAAUGAGACGGUGGAGGGCGACGACCGCGCUUUCGAGAUCUGGCACGAACGUGAAGAUUCGGUGAGGAAGUACACCUUGCAGGCCCGAACCGUCACCAUCAAGAACUCGUGGUUGAGAGACUUCCGGGAACUUCAGCAGAGACACAGCAUAACUGCCUGGAGUCCUCCCGACUUUGUGGAAAUACUGGCCAACUGCACAGCUGAGCUCGGGCAGACUGUUAAACUGGCGUGCAAGGCCGUAGGAGUUCCCAAGCCUGCCAUCACCUGGUACAAGGACGGACGCAUGGUGGAAGCAGACCCUCAUCACAUCAUUAUCGAGGACCCCGACGGCUCCUGUACGCUCAUCCUGGAUAACAUGACGGCGGAGGAUUCGGGCCAGUACAUGUGCUUCGCCACCAGCUCAGCCGGCAACGCCAGCACGCUGGGCAAGAUCACUGUACAAGUGCCCCCGCGCUUUGUGAACAAAUUGAGGAAUGCUAUUUGUGUCAGCGGUGAAGAUGCUCAGUUCACCUGCGUCAUCCAGAGCGCUCCCAGUCCUAAAAUCAGGUGGUUCAAGGACGGCCGGCUGCUAAGCGACCAGGAAAAGUAUCAGACUUACAGUGAGCUCCGCAGCGGAGUUUUGGUCUUGGUGAUCAAAAAUGUGACAGAUCGAGACCUGGGACACUACGAGUGUGAGUUGUCCAACCGUCUGGGCAGCGCCAGGUGUGCCGCUGAUUUAGUUCCUCCAACUGUCGCCGCCAGCGCUGAGCAGGCCAUCGUUCUUGAAGUUACGGAGCAGGAGACCAAAAUCCCAAAGAAAACCAUCAUCAUCGAGGAGACCAUCACCACGGUGGUGAAGAACCCGAGAAUGAGGAGGCACAAGUCCCCGGGCAUGACCAUCACUGGAGCCCACCGCUCGGAGAUGACCACCUCAGAGACCUCCAGCACCAGGACCAGGAGGAUGGCCACUUCCAGAAAAAGCACAGUGCCAACUUUCUAUGUCACGGAAGUCGGAGGUGCGGAGGGUGCCGCUUCUGCCGUCGUGGAGAGCAAGCCUAAUUGGGUUGAGGUGGAGGAGGUGAUCGAGUACAAGGUCAAUAAGUCUCCCAGGUUGUCCAGAAGGAGGGGUGUGUCACCGGCUGUUUCAGAACGCUCCAGCACUCCAUCCAGACCCAAAAGAUCACCUCCGGAGAACCCCAAUGCCAACAAUUCCAACAAUAAUCUGGUGGAGCUGGCAGGAAGCGCCAGUGGCCAGACGCUCACCUGGGAGGACCAGGAAGCUCCUUCUGCUUCAGGAGAUCACCACGAGCUCUCAUCUAUUCUUACCACAGCUGGGGAGGCUUGUGAAAACCAAAUUGUCAUCUUGGAACCUGAUGAUGAUGAAGACCUUUGCGGGAAGCAGGAAGCCAAGACACUAACACAUGGAGGUCACGUUCUCGCACUGGAAGACUUGGAAGAUUACAUCCCAGGGGAAGGAGAAUCUUACGGUUCAACCAGCAACGUUCCCGCCGAGAAGCCCUGCGAGAUCUCCGUGCUCCAGAGGGAGGUUGGCGGCUCCGCCGUGGGACAACCCGUGCUCCUCAACGUAGGACGUCCCAUCUCGGCCCCAAGACGGCGAGGCGUUUUUUUCUCUCGCUUCAGAGAGCAUCUAGCCGGCGGUCUUUCUUCAUCUCACGCUCCACAAGCAAGCGGCAGCCAGUCGGAAAGGCGCGUCCCCAUUCAAGUGCACCACGCCGAGCUGGAGGUGAAACCGUCUUACUGCUCCGAGGUGCAGAGGGUGGAAGGUGGGCAGCCAAGUUUUAAAACCAAAAUAUCAACUCAGACGUACGGCUACACAUCGGUGGGAAACCCGGUCACCCUUCAAAUUAGCGACAAACAGCAGCAGAAGCAGUAGCUUUUGAAUUCUGUUCACGGCAAAGCCUCCUUAGUCUUAAACGGCGGCAUCGGCUUGACUCCUAUCCUAACUUUCAGCUUUUGACAAACCAUUCCAGAUGACAGAAAUAUUUGAAGUUGGACGGUAUUAUGUAAUCUUGCGUCACCACAAUCAAACGAAGUGACGAUACCCUUCGAUUUACUCAAACCAGAAACCGCAUGGUUUCUGUUACAAUGAAAAUAGAUUCGAGAGGAACGAAAAUCAAUUCACAUCACAAAUAUUUUGAAUUGAUGAUCUGAUGUUUUUUGAAGCAACUAUUGUGUUAGAAAGCGCUAACUCCUCGGUGCAACUUUGUUCUGCUUAAUACAGCAGUAGCAGUUCUGAAUAUUCCGAAAGAUAAGAUUGCUUCCCAUUAAGUCACUUAGUGGUGAAAUUAGCAAAAGGCAAAAAUGUUGGACUGGUCACAAGUCACUGAUUCACAAUGUCGUUGGAACUAAAGCUGCAUGCACGGAAUUCAAAACGAGUGAACCGUCUGACUUUAAAAAGAAAAAUAUUCAAAUUGAUGAAAGCAUUAAAUAUUAACACAUAGGUACCUUUUAUUUGUAGUUUAUAAGAUUCAUUGCUUUGUGUCAAUUGAAAUAGGUCAACAAGUUCAUCAUCUUUUUAGGUUUAGUGAGAAUUCAGUCUUUGGCGUGAGUAAUUUAUCAUCUGGCUCCAUUUAUAGAGCAAAGACUGUCUCGGAGUUUGUUCAUGCGGUGCAAUAACGUUGAGCUCACGGGGGCCGUUUGUAGUUCCUUUCAAAAGUUUGACUGCAUGCUGCUUUUCCAAAGCAUUUGUGACUAUCGAAAUUUAGAGAUUUAACGUCUUCCGGAAUUCGGGUUUUGUGUAGUUCCUAACACUCAACGGAUUGUAAUUGCUUGUACUUUAAAUGUGUUGAUUUUGAAUGGAAAAACAUGUUUGCUUUCACAUCUGAAUAUUAAAUAAAAAAAUAUGUAAGAUA